GUGUGCAUAACACUUAUAUUUGUGUACGGAAAUAAACUAUAAAGCGGUUUAUACGCGAUUUUUUCAGCAGGACGAAACAAAUUUUUGUGCAUGGAUGAGUCUGUUAUUGCUGUACUUAGUUACGCAUUCAAUGUGGUGUAAUGUAAUGUGGUUGGUUGUGGAAAAAUACUGUUUUUUAUUCUAUUUUCCAAUGAAUUUUUCAAUUUGUGUUUAUUGAAUGGUCGUAUAAGCUCUUUUGUUCCAUUUAUUAUUCAGAGGAAUAGAGGAAGCUGCGUAUAAAAACAGUCGAGUGGUUGAACAGAUAUAUAUCGAACUGUUUACUGUUACAUAACAAAAAAGUUCUGGUUUAAUAAACUACAUUCGCUUUUAACGAGCAUAAACUGUUGUUUAAUAUUUAAAUGAUUUGAACAGCAGCAAAAAGUUGAUGUUAACAAAUGAAAGUGAAUUUUGCGUAGCAGUUGGUGAGAUACUCCUUCAGGAUAAGCUAAUCAUUGGAUUAAAAUCAGAGGAUUAGAAACUAGCGUAACUCAGAUGUGCUUCAAAACAACAACAACAGAAUGAACUGCAACCCAUUUAACCACAAUUGCAUAAAAGUUUAAUGUGUUUAAUGUGACAAAAUGACAACAAAAAAAUUGUCAACCAUAAAAUGAAUAUUGUAAAGGCCCAAUCAUAUUCUGUACGCGGUGCAGCAAAAACAACAACAUCAAUUUGAUUUCGUAUAUGUGUGUGAUAUUCUGUGUCGAUAAAAUUGACAUUAAUAAUUGUAAUAGAAAGCGGAAUGAAAAUUCAUCAUUAAUAAGUCUAUGUCGAACGGGGGAAAUGUUACAGUGAAGUCGACCGGGAAGUAUAUAUAAUAAAAAUUUAAAAAGGUGUCAUCGUUCUUUGAUUAAGUGUGGAUAUUAAAGUGGAACGAAAAGAAGGAGAAACAAAAAUAAAUUGAACUCAUUUAUAAUCAUUUCGAAAGUUAAAAAUGGAACAUGCCAAUAAUAAUUACAUAAUAAAGCGAAAUAAAAAGAGAAAAAGUUGAAAUAAAUAUUGUUCAGUGUGCUGUUUUCAUAAGUUUCGAAAAUAUGGUAAAAGUUCAAUUAAAAUUGUUCAGCGUAGAUAACAUUUGAAAUUCGUUGGUUGGUUUUUUUCUUUGUGAAAAACCUCUGAAAAUGGCUUUUGUUGUUUUUAAAAGUGAUUAUCUACUGACUAUGUUUUUCAUUUUGGCGAUUGUUUACGGCGAGCCUCACUCCGGAUCAGAAAAUGGUAAAGCAGCCACGUCACAGAAUCACAUUACGUCAUCGGGUUCUGCAUUGUUUACGACAAGAAAUAAUACACGCAUUAUAGUGCAACGAAAUGGAUUAGCGGUGCUUCCCUGCCAAGUGAAAUGGAAUCCAUCUGCAACGGUAUCAUGGAUUCGACGUCGCGAUUUUCAAUUACUCACCGUCGGCUUAUCAACAUAUAGUAGUGACGAUCGAUUUCUUGUUGAGCAUGCAAGACACAUGGGUCAUUGGUCGCUGCGGAUAAAAUCUGUACGUGACGAAGACAAAGGAUUAUAUGAGUGCCAAUUAAAUUUAUAUCCGACUGUGUCGAUAUUUGUUGAAUUGAAGGUUGUCGAGGCUGUAGCAGACAUUGUUGGAGCACCAGAUCUUCACAUAGACGAAGGUUCCACAUUACGAUUAGAAUGUAAAUUAAAGCGUGCUACAGAGAAUCCGGCUUAUGUAUUCUGGUACCAUGACAAUAAAAUGGUAAAUUACGACAUACAGGACGGAUUUUCGGUGUCUUCCUUUCAAACACCACACAAUCACCAUAAUAAUGGUGUAAGCAGCAGCAGUAGCAGUCCAAUUAGCAGUAGUAAUAUUAGUAAUGGAAAUCACGAUGGAAGCUCAUUGAAUGCAACAACUAGCGUAGCACCGUCAAUACCACAGACCACAUUUCUUAAAGUUCCGUCAACCAGUGUAUUAACCAUCCAGGAAGUUCAUUUUAAACAUGCUGGUAAUUACACGUGCGCUCCGUCAAAUGCUCGUCAAACGAGCAUCACUGUGCAUGUACUGCGAGGUGAAAAACCAGCAGCUAUGCAACAUGCCAACCGUAGCACCGUUGAGGAUGGAAAAUCGAAUUCGAAUUCACUUAAAUGUAAAUAUCAGCCACUUUGGGUUCUAACAUUAUUAUACCUAAUUUGCAUGUUCAACAGAAUCAAUAGAUGAAACUAGAGAGUGUUAUGUUUUUCAGUUACUUUAUUUCUUUUUUAUCCUGUUUUCUGUGUACAAAGUUUAACAAGAAUGAAUUGAACGAAAUUGCUGUAUGUGUUUUUACAACAAAUAGAAUCAACGGAAGAUAGAUACACGAAAAAAAAUCAUCUAAUAAAUUAGAUAAAAUUUAAAACAAAAUGAAGAAAUAACAUUCGUUGAGGAAUGGAAAUGGUGAAUAAACUCCAAGUCGGUAAAUAAAGGAAUAUUAAAUUGGACGAAAUGAAGAAGAAGAAAAAAGGUAACGCAUACAAGACGUAUUAUAUAUAGAUAUAUAUCUAUGUAGCUAGUUCGAUUAUUCGUAUACUUUUUAUAAUAACUGGAAUGAUAUCUCUAUAACACACAGAUGAAUGAAGAAAAAAAAAUGUUUAUGACGAAAAUGAAGUUUAUAUAUAGAUAGACACUAAGGAAUACCUAUAUAUACACAUAAUAACGGCAAAAGAAAGAAAAGAAAAAUAUAUUAAAAUUAUAAUUCAUCCAUUGAGAUUCAUAGAUUUAUUCAAUCGUUAUAACAAUUACUUUGGGCUAUGGGGGUCAUGGAAAAAAAAAAUUUAUUGUAUAAUGAUGAUGGGAGUUUGAUCAACGGUAUUAUAACAUUCGGCGAAAUUAUAUUUUUCUUUUAAAUAUCUUUUUCUUUCGUCAUGGCUUCUGAAAAAUGCGGAUUUUAUGGCGAGAGUAAUGUUUGCGUAAAGAAAAUUUAAAUUUUCUUUAAUUUUGAGAGUGGCAAUCGUCAUGAAUGGGUGGUUGCGUCAUGAAUAACGGAAAAUUAAGAAACAUAAAAUGAAUCGUAAUUAUCGGUGGUGCUGGAUUUUUGCUCUAGAGCGACCCAAGUGAAUUUUUAUCGAGUGACGAUGAUUGUUUCAUUUUUUGUUAAGGGAACGGAGUGGAAGCCUACCUCGAAAAACGGCGACCAGGACUUUGACUUUCCAAACUUUAUUCACUAUCGUGAUUUUUCGAAUAGAUCCGUGAUUUUCCGGAUAUCAAAGAAUUUUCAUAACUUCGUGACUUUUUCUUAACUUUUCGGGACUUUCCGUGACUUCACUUCACGAUACCUUUCAGUGAAUUUUUGAAAAUUUUUGUUAUUUUAGUGACUUUUCGUUACUUUCCGGGAUGUUUCGUGUAUUUACGGAUCUUUCCGGUAUUAGCGUGACGUGACUUUUCGUGAUUUUUCUUGACUUUUUAGAUGACUUUAUGACUUUCCGGAUAAGUUUUUGACAUUUUUCGGACCUGAACUACGACUUUCCAAGCCUGUUUCCCGGAAGGAACAUUGGGUUUGAUUUUCUUUGAUUUAUUGGUUGGCUUCGGAAGUGUGGAACAGACCAAUAGAUGAUAUCAAACAAGUACUUUUAAGGAUUUCUUUUCAACUUCCCAUAAAGCAAAAGAUUGAUUUUUUUUUCAUUUAUUCCACUUUUAAGGUGGAAUUGUAAUACAAAAUAUCUUGAUUUCUUCGAUUCUAGGCCAUAUUCCGGGCUAUUGACAAUUUAUAUCUUGAUCAUUCACCUCUUUUUUCGCAGUUACUGCAUAUUUCUCCAUAGUGGGUUUUGGUUCAACGAAUUAUGAGCUACUACUGUUUAUGGCUAGGCUCUCUCGUUUUCCUAUAAUUCCAGAAUGUCCGAGCAGCCAUUUCACUGUGAUCUACCAUAGGCAUUUCAUUGAUAGACAUGAUUGAGUGCAUCUUUUACCAAGAAAAACAAACUUAAAAGAUUUCACGUUUCAUACUUAAAAUUCUUGAAAAUGAACUCAAUCAAUAAUUUACCUGACAAGUCAACCUAAAGUUUGCCUAUUCGGAUAUCUAACCUGGAACACGUCAUACGUCCACUACUGCAGCACUGAUAUCUGCAACUGACAGCUAUUUGACUUCAAAUCAUACUAAAUUCGGUCUAUUGCCUGCGUCUCCAUAAGACGAUUCAGUUAAUAUUGUAUGACCCGAAUUGGAAUGUUCCUGAACGGACGUGAAAUAUGAAUCGUUUGAAUUUCAGAACAGGGUUUAUUCUAGCAAUCCAAUUCAUCACAUAUUAAUGCGUACGGUCUACACAGUCGCUGUAGAGACAGAUAUAUUGAACGAACACACAAAACAUAUUCAAGAAGUUUUUUUAGACGACAAAAUAAUUUUGGGUAGUUGAAUGGGCUUUCACUAUCUGUAUAAAUUUCAUUUAAUUUUGUUUCAUCACUCCCUUCGCAGUUUUUUUUUCUGCAAAAGGUAUUUUUCUUGGAAAAUCCUAUCAACUAGGCAGACGACAAUAACACACGAGCAAAAAGUGUGAUUAUGUCUGAACCGAAAACAGGUCAGUUGUUUCUCAGAAUUCACUGAAAUACGAGACAUCGAAAUAAUUUCUGUCGAACCAUUUUAAAGCAUACAAAACAUUUAAAGCACCUUCGUGGGAACGUCGAUUUUCGUUAAACGUAAGCUAUACCUAAUGUGCAUAGUUUGCCUACUCAAACUGUAAGUUUUCGGGAACGGUGUCUUCAUAACGUUAUUUCGCAAAGUCAUUACCAGAAGUGAAUCAUUCCAUGUAUGUGCUAAUGGCCCGAAAAGAAAAUGAUAUCCAUUAACGCGUAAAGUCAUGUAGUCGCGAGAUAAACGAUUGCCACUUGGUUCAUAAUAACGAUGAUCAUAUACUCCUAUGCUGUAAAGGUUAAACUUUAACAAGAAUUUGAAUCACUUCCAACUUUCGAAAUUGUAUUUGAAAGGAACAAAAUUUUAGGAUAAUAAAUUUUAGAUAGAUUUAAUUACAUGAUACACGUUUUGUAAAUUAUGAACCAUUAACAACACACGUACCAUACUCAUAAAAUCAAGUAAUUAAUUCCAUAUACUAAAACAACAAAUGAAUGCGAUUUAGUUAUUAUUUCAAAAUAGUAGUCAGAGCAAGGCGUACUGCAACAUGUUGGUUGAUGCUGCUACAUUAUACAUAUAUACAUACGUUCAGUUGGAGAAAAAUGGAAAAUAGAAAACGUUCAUCGCUUUUAAGAAUUUGUCUCCAAAUAAGAUCAAUCAAAAAAAAAAAAAAUGCCAAAAUCUUAAGUGUAAAUCAUCGCAUGGCGUCACAGAACAUUGACAUGGAACAUUAAGUACUUCCGCAACUAGAACUGAAAACGAACCAUCUCAAUAUUUCAUUUCUUUAAUAUAUUAAGGUCACAUAGGGCGCAUGCUCAACUCGUAGUUUAUUUUUGGAAAAGAAAUUCCAAAAAAUCCAAACAAAAUUCGUUAAAAUUCCUAAAAUUAAAUUUAAAAAUUUUGUAUAAUAUUUUUAACCCCAAAUUUGUCGCAAAUUAAAUCCAAUCACAAAUUUGGUUGGGUUUAACUGUAUGGCAUUUUAAAGCAUUUAAUUCCAAAAAUAAAAUCCGUCAUAUUCGAUCGCAUAUUCUACUCUUGGAAGGAAAAGGAACAUCAUUAUGUGAUCGCUGAUCUCAACUUUGCAUUGUAACCAAGCUAGCAGCCUAACUAAAUUUAUAAAGGUGGCAAUACCGUAGCCUUUGCAUUUUACAUGUGCAAUUGGAAAUUAGUCAACUGUGUGUUUCUGCAAACAAAGAAAUAAGGAGGUAUUUUGACAGCGUCAAAACGAAAUUUGUUUGCUAGAGAGGGCAUUGGAUGAACACUUAACUUUACAACAUUUCCCAACUUUGUGACGUUUCAUACCUUGUUAUGUAAAUAGUUUUCUUUACUUGUUCCGUGAAUAAUUGUAUAAUCAAAACCACACGUUUUUCAUGCACUUUCAUCGUUUAAUGCGGACGUGCUUUUUCCCUUAUUUAUAAAAUUGUAAAUGCGAUCGAUUGCCAAGAUUUAUACUGAACUGUUAUGAGGAUGCCCUCCGACUAUUGAUUAAUUACAAACAAACAACCAACAAAACAUACAUUUUAAAUAAACAAAAUCCGUUACACCUAAUCAUGGUCUAAUUUUAAUAGAUGUUCUAUAUAUGUUAAUGUGUCAUAAAUAUGUUUAUGGAAUAUUAAGGACUUAGGUGUAAUUUAUCAGUGACAAAUUCGUUAAAUGGAUACAGUGUUUGCGAUAAAUAUUUACAGGUUUUAUGGACGGCUGGCCUAGUCUAAGCCUUUGACCUUUCACAUACGACAAGCAUUACCUUUAGAAUAGUUAUCGAAUCUGGUACUUAAUUUGAUCUAAGAUUGAAAUUAAAUCUUUUACUUCAUUUGUUUUGACAUAAGUUUUUCUAUAUAGGACGACGUUUGGUAGUAUUUAUUGGUUACUUAUGUCGUUGUUGUCGAUUACAGAUGGUUUAAGUCAGUCAAAUUGAUAAGUUUAGGGGAUGACGUCAUGCUUCUCUUGAACGAGGCAAUGACGACAAAAGCAGUCGAUGAGGUAUUGCCUGCUCUUGUUACCGUCUGUCUAUAAAGCAAAUGGAUUGUAAAACUGUUGAAAUAAACUACUUUUAAUCGAACAAUGUCUCGGCUAAUGUAAUUCAAGCUGCUAACAACAUAAGCAACAAAUUUAUCGUAAAAGAUGAAGGUCUAAACAUCUGGUAAUUUAAAGAUUAAUUUGUGGUUUUUCGUCUUAGUAUAUUUCUCAAAACGAACGAUAGACCGACUGAUAAACUGAUCUGUUACACUUUACAUCCAAAUAAUGAUGUACCGAAGAUGUAACAUCUCAUUAAUUAAACAUCAUAAAUAUUGCAAUUUAGCAUAUUGACAAUUCGGGUGUUGUACCACUGAUAGCCUCACAUGUAUUAUUUACAUUUACAUGCUAGACGGUUUACCUCAUAUGCUAAACUGUUCAAAAAACAUUUAUUUAUUUGUAAAUCAAAGCUAACAAACAUUAUAUGCAUCAAUUAUUUACACACAUCUCGCAUCAUUGUUGUGUACUGGGAGCGGGUGUGUGACUGCUGUAUUUAUCAUAAUAUCGCAUAUAUAUACGGAUCUCGCGUUUACGAAUUCAUGAUGAUAUUAUUACGUGUUUUCGUUUAAUUAAGAAUUACUUAUUACUCUGUAAAUUAAUUAGUUGUAUAACGAUAUGCAAACAAUUACAAUAUUACAAUUCAAAUACAAACACCAGUUCAUAUCGCUUUGAAGGCAAUCUUAUGGUUUCCAUUUGUUGGAUAAUUUAUUAACCAAUCGAAUGAUGUUCCCUUCUAAUUGAUUUUACAACAUGAUUUAAUGCUUUCGUUGGCAUUGACUGGUUCGAGCUAGUUAGAUGAAGAAGGCGGUUAAUUGAGACUGGGUCAUGACGUUACACCCUUUAAUCGAAAUCCGUGGCAACAAUCACAUCGGUACAGGAACGACAAGAAAGUCAAUAUACUGAAAAAUAGGGAAAAGCUAAAAUCUGACUUUUGUAUCAUACUGUAAAUACACAGGGGCUGACCACCCAUCUAUAAUUGACAUCGACGUGAAUCGAAAAUCGAAAGUUCUAUGAAGUCCUACAAAAAUAUCGAACAGAAAUGUAGACUAAAAAGUUCCUGUUUUUUGAAUUGUUGGUCCAGAUAAUCAAUUUUGCCUGAGGGCGAUAUGGCGCGAUGCCACACAACUCACCAUUAUGAUGUUCAUCGAUGUAAUGUAACACUGUAACGUGUAAAGGUUUCCAUUGAUAUAAUCAUCAACGUAGAAGUGUCGUUGCAGAUUCUACAUUGUAGAAAGGUCUUCUAGAGGAGUUUUCGAUAAGUCGUUAUGAUGGUGCUUUAGGCGCCACGGUAAUGUUAAAGUUAUCAAAAAGGAUUUACGGUGAAAUUUCCGUACAUCGCAACAAUCAUAAGGAAUAGUGGCGUCGAGUAUAUUGAUGGUGAGAGAGUUAGUAUUACAUCAUUAGAAAAUGUAUGGAGGACACAGCCUCUAUGAAAUUUCGAGGAGUAAAUCAACAAGCAUAGGCUUUCGUUAGGUGGAAUUGAGAAAAAUAAUCUUGCCCCCCAUGAGGAGCAAACCCAAAAUCGGCGCCUAUGAUACGGAAUAGAAAACAAGGUACUUUAAGACCAAUAUUCGAUUUUGAGUUCAAUUUUUGACUAAUCACCAGGUUGGUACACUUGAAAAUUUAUCUUAUUUUACAUAAUUUCAUAAUCGGAUCUGAAUUACAUCGUAAAAUCAAUUAUACUCGAAAGUUUCAAAGUCAAUUUUCUUGAGAAAAACAUGUCUGUAUCGGAAUAACGUAUAUUUUGGCAUAUUUUUUUGAAUUGGAACUUUAGGCUUUUUCCACCCCCGAAAGUUUUGGAUGUCCUCCCACAUAACUCGGCGGUUCGCUGAUGGUAAAUUUUCAAAAUCUGUAAAAUCGUCUAUCAGCGGACGCCUGAGUU